AUGACAUCUCAAGCGCAUGAUGCCGCAAGUGCGCAGGCACGGCGCCAGAAUCAAGCAAACGAUGCUACUCGUAAUCCGCCAGCUGGCACACGCUUCAUAAGUAGCUGCGUCCGUUGCAGACGUCGAAAGAUCAAGUGUGACGCUGGUCUGCCUUCCUGUCAUGCUUGCAAGGAUGCUGGCGUCGACUGCAUGUUUCACGAUGCCGAAGCCGGUACUGAAGUAAAACGCGACUUCAUCCUCGGUCUUGAGGAUCAUCUGACGCAUUUGAUGCACGAUCACGGUAUUCAAGUUAACACUGCUGAAUCGCGUCGCCAGGUGCGCAAAGAAGCGCCUAAUGUUCUCGAGUCUGAGACAGACUCCUCUGUUGGCUUUUCGUCGGGCUACCCCAUUUUGCGAAGCUUGCUGGCCAAUGCCGACUUGCCCGCUGCAACGCCGUGGCCACACAUGACCUAUGACAAUUGGCUCCGUCAGCUUGCUUCACGGCCACAGACCGCAACUCUGCCGAUGCCGACCAAAAAGACCAUGGCCACCAUUUGUGCCAUUUACAAUAAAGUCUUUGAGCCGCUCUACCCAGUCUACACUUGGCCAGAAAUUCGAACGAUGCUGAACGAAGUCUAUCUCAAUGGCCAAGUCACUCGACGCGAUAUCAGCGAUCACACCUUGUUUUGCUUCCCAAUCAUAUACGCACAUGGCGUGGACCUCGCCAAUAGAGUCGACAAUAGCGUGGAAUCUAUCUUUGUCCAGGCACUGACAUUUUCAAAGCUUGGAUACCCUCAGCUUUUGCAAAAUCCAGAUAUACGUUCGCUGAAGAGCUUGAUCUUCAUGAAUAUGUCUGCGCAUGCUAAAGAGCUACCGACACCACUUUGGCACGGCUCAGGUAUGGCGAUGCGGACGUGCUACGAUCUCGGCUUCCACCUGGCUACAACGGGUCAAGCGUCCCAAGCAAAUGAAGUGGUGGAUGAGCAGACAAAGAGACGGCUCUUUUGGCUCAUCUACUGUAUGGAUCGUGGCCUCUGUAUGUUACUAGGACGUCCGCCUUCGUACCAGGUUGUUCCCAUCACUCGACCGUACCCAGAGGGUGUCUCUCAGCAAUUUCUAGCGCGCAUCAAGAUUCGACAAAUACAAAGCGAGAUUAUGCACCGCCAGGCCCUCUCCAAAAAUGCAGCUGGCUCAGAGAGUGAUGCGGAGAAAAUGGAGGACAAGCUCCACAACUGGGUCUCACAAACAUCUACUCUGGAAGAACAAGUUCAGUACUGCAAUACAGUUCUAUUAUUGUAUCGACCAGACAUCAUGCGUGGCUCUCAGCGUGCAUGUCUCAGAUCCCUCGAGUGCUGCUUACAGAGUCUCGAGGUCUACAAGACUCAGGCGUGCGAAUUUGCAGUCGUCGAAGGCACACUCGUGACGCACAUGCUCUUUGUCAAUGUCAUCACGCUUCUCUAUCUGUACCGCGAAUCUGCGGAAGUGCGUCAGCGGCUGCCGUAUCAGGCAUUGGAGCAGCGUAUUCGUGAGAUUCGGUUGGUAUUCCGGGCUCUGGGUAGACGCUGGUCUGUCUCUCGCGAUAAUCUCAAGCUUGUGGAUGCAAUCUUUGAGCGGCUACGAUGA